AUGUCCUCACUCGCUUUGGCUGAGGCAACACUAUUAGCUGUCUUGAAAGAUGAUCCAUAUCCCGCUGCUGUUAUCCAGGAUCGCAAUGAUAAUGACCGGGAGUGGAUGUACAAAGCUCCAGAGAUUCCGAAGGUUCGAGCUCAUCUGUUCGCUCGCCUCUGUCUGGCUGCUGCCGACCAUGCCGCCCAGGCGUCAGCCUUGUGCCAAACACAGGGGAAGGGUGUGUCGAAGCUGAAUGAUGGGCUAGUACGGUAUCUGGAGGAUUUCAGGAAGACCAGUCGUGCCAAGGCCUGCCGCUUUUUUGGCAUUGAUGCCGAGUUGUCGGGCCAGACAGGCAGCGCUCUCGGCUGGUUACGCUGCGGCCUCCAAGAGCUUGGGAUCGAGCCCAAGGAGGCGAAGAAGGGCCUCAGCCUCACCCGCAUGAAAAAAGACUGGUCUGAAAAGAGAGAAGACAAAAAGGUCGAACGCGGCACGAAUUGGGGAGCAGAUGCAGGCAAGCUUGAAGAAACCAGAGUGAUCGAGUUGCUGGAGGCAAAAUGGACCAAGAUCAACGACACAAUGCUUACACAGACCGUGCCACCGCCUGCGACACUCUUGUCGGGGCUCCCGUCGGGCAGAAAUAUGCAUACAGUCAAGCCAUAUCAGCUGGCUGAGCUCGGCAGGGAAGCACUUGAAGCAAUGCGUGCCCCUCCUGACCGGACCGACGAUUAUGGCGGAGAGCAACUGAGCUCUGAUGACGACGAGAGAACUGCGGUUGGCACGCCAGUUGGAGCCUUCCCAGGUACUCAUGAGGAGUACCGAAGUGGCAGUGCCAGAUCAUACUUCUAA